UUUUGCAGCAUCGGCUAUCACGCGGUAUCGAAUAUGCAGAGGCUUCACCUGCACGUGAUAAGCACGGAUUUCGUCACAACUUCUUUGUUAAAAAUGAAGUACUACUGGAACUCGUUCACAACACCGUUCUUUUUACCUUCCUCAAAUAUACGCCGUCAAUUGCGCAAGACAAGCAAAAUCCCUCCCGAGGAAAGCGAAGGCCACCUGACCACGGAACUCAAAUGCCACAGGUGCGCGACGAGGCUGAAAAAUAUGCCGCAAUUGAAGAAGCAUUUGUUAACGCAAGUCAACAAAUAG